AUGUCGACCACCGCAACCGCAGCCAGGACCUUGCCCGCGCCGAUAGAGGUCGGCCGCGGCAGAGAUGCCGAUCAAGGCGCGGAGCGACAUCGCCAGGUCCCAACGUCGCCGCAUGGCCCUCUGUAUACCGACGAGCAGCGGGCUGCAGCACUCUCACUCCUGAUGCCCAGCCUUGCCGAUGCCGUGCUGGGCGCCGGCUGGGACGACGUCCCCUCGCCACCCACGCCGUCCAGCCCGACGCUGGAGGCUUCGUCGCUCCUCUCCCCCGGCGGCUGCUCCUCGUCCUUCUCGUCUUCCGGUCCGAGCACGCCUCCCAACGGCCUCGCAGGUGGCGACGCGCUCCUCGAAAGUGCGGCAUCCAAGGGCGGUGGCGCUGGCGUCGGUGCCGGUGCGGCUGCCCGCGAGCUGGAGCACCUCACCGACGCGCUCCUCGUCCGCUCGUGUCGACAGGGGUGGGAACGCUCCUUUGAGCUCCACUCGCACUGGCCUCGGCCACGCAUCGAGGCGGCCGACGAGGUGCUGAUCCGCAACGUCGCCGUCGGCCUCAACCCAGUCGACUGGAAGAGCGUCUCGUACAACUUCGGCAUCGCCGACUGGCCCUGGGUCCUCGGCCGCGACGUGGCGGGCAUCGUCGAGCAGGUCGGUGCCGGCGUCGAGGGCUUCCAGGUGGGCGACCGCGUAUGGACGUGCGCAGACUCGCGCGACAGCCGCGCCGGCGCCUACCAGCGCUUCAGCAUCGCCAAGGCCGAUACCGUCGGCAAGGUUCCCGACCGCGUGCGCGAUCAGGAGGCCGCCACCAUCGGCACCGGCCUCGUGACGGCGGCGGUCAUCAUGUACUGGCUCUUCCGCCUUCCCCCUGCCGCCUCCGUCGCGGCUGCGGCCCCAGCCGGUCCGGCGAGACGCUCGCCAUCGUCGAUAUGUGGCAAGUGGAUCCUCAUCUACGGCGGCGGCGCAGUGACGGGCAUCUAUGCGGCGCAGCUCGCCGCGCUCAGCGGUCUCCGCGUCGUCUCGGUAGCUUCGCCGAGCAACUUCGACUAUCUCCAGUCGAUCGGCGUCGAGGCCUGCGUCGAUCGCUACGCCGAUCCCAGCUCGGUGCUGCGGCGCAUCGACGAGAUCACUGCGGGUGAUCUGGCGUUCGCCAUCGACUGCGUCGGUAGCAAGACAGCCAACAUCUGUUACGAGGCCCUCGCUUUGGCCAGCCGUAUCUCAGCCGUCGCCGGGGAGCGGCCUUUGCCGGUGCCCAGGGAAGUCGGUGAGCUCGUCUGCCUUGCCGGCAACCCGAAGCCAGAUUUCGUCGACGAGUUCAAGGCCCGGCAAGAGGCUGUGGGGGGCCAGGGUGCCGAUGUCAAAGUGCACCGCAUCAGUUUCUCGACCACCUUCUAUGGCGACAGCAACUUCUCCCGCUCCACCCUCGAUGACAUCUAUACGCUGCUCUUGUCGGGCGAGCUGCAACCGGUCUGUCCCGAGAUUGUCCCCGACGGUCUGGCGGGUAUCCGCCGGGGCCUCGAGGCGCUACGCGAUGGGACGGCGCCGCGGGCGAAGAAGCUCGUCGUAUCCAUUGCCGACACGCCGUCGGCCGACCUGACGCACCUCGGCGUGAAGACAGACCUGGGCUGGAACGGCGUGGUGUAG